AUGAUGAACAUGUGUUUUUCCAAGAAGCAUAACAAGAAGGGCCUGAAGAAGAUGCAAACCAACAAUGCCAAGGCCAUGAGCGCACAUGCAGAGGCCAUCAAGGCCCUUGUAAAGCCGAAGGAGGUCAAGCCCAAGAUCCCAAACAGCGGCAGCCGCAAGCUCAAUCGCCUGGCCUAUAUCACCCACCCCAAGCUCGGGAAGCGUGCUCGUGCACACAUCGCCAAGGGUCUCAGACUCUGCCGACCAAAGUCCAAGGCCAAGGAUAAAACCAGGGCCCAGGCUCCGGCUCAGGUUACUGCUCCCGGUCAGGCUCCCAAAGUGCCCAGGCCCCCACAGAGGCUAUUGACUAGAGCCCUCUGCCUGCCAAUGAGGAUAAAAGGACUGGUGUGA